AUGGCUCAGCUGCUCUCCAGCUCCUUGCCCACUUGCCUGCCUUCGCCCUUGGACUGCCAGGCAGUGCCCGCGGUAGAGCUGCUCUGCGGCUCUUUGCCCUCUCACCUGCAUGGGCACCGCAUGGUCCAGGCAAGAAGCAAAGGCACCUGUAAAAAUAUUACUGAUCCGAUGUAUGCAGAGUACUACUAUCCCCAUAUAAUUGAAGGUACUGUGCGCUGUGUCUCAAGAUGUAUCAACGGCACUCAAGAUUCCAUGAACUGCUUCAAUGGAGUUUGCCGAGUCUCUGGAAUUGGCCCCCACUGCAUUUGCAAUAAUUUGGACAUAUUCUGGUACCUGGAUAGUUACUGCCAAAUGCCUGUCCAAAAGACCGCCCUGGGCAUUGGUCUUGCCCUGGCUGUGCUCUUUGUGGUCAGUAUCAUCCUUGUUAUUUUUCUCAUCAGAGCCAAGCGGAAGAAUUCCAAAAAUAGCUGGUCUGCUGAUGCUGACAUCUGGUAUGGAGAGGAUGCAGAUGAAGAAUGGGUACCUUCAGGUGGUUUGAACAUUAUGAAUACAACAGCAGCCUCAUCCUGGGAUGAACAUCAAGACAGAAGGAAAACCCAUCACUUCAGCUAGUAAAUACUUCACUGCAGAAGUGAACUGAAUUUUAUCAUGGGACAUAUCCUGAAUCUUCCUCUUGAGUAGCUGUUGAAUAGUUAAAUUAGCAUCCUAACCACUGUACCAAAGUAUACCAGUAAUCUGGUGUAUCUAAUAAAUGGCAUUACUAAAGUCUACCUUCCCAAUUGUCUCAG